UCUAUUAUACUGUAUUUGCUGAUAAUGCGUAACGGUAUACAAAAUGUACUUAAUGUAGUAAAUCAUUUAAUUUAUUUAUUUAAUUAAUUUAUUUAGGCUUUAGCCUAAAAUAGUAGUUGGUUCUGAGCAUGGAGGUGAGGUCCGGACGUCUUACUUAAGUAUUCUCUUUUUCUGUGCCAGCUACUCUUCUUAAAAAUACACUCUGUGGAAAGCUGCCAUUAUCCUAUUACAGGUUAUUUCAAGUGAUCAGCCUUUUUAGUGCCACACCCACAUAAGAGGUUUAGAAACCCUUUCUUGAGUUCUCUGUAGUGAUCAGUGUGGGACUGGUCAGCAGUGCUAAAAGUGCCACGGGCUACAGGAGGCAUGUGACGUGCCUAGCUGGUGCUUCAGAGUACCGAGCUGAACCAGGUGUGGGACGAAGAGUUUCCUCGUGCAACAUGGGCAACGAACACGCCACCCUGGAAGACAUCCUGGCCGAGGACAUGCACCACUGGUACAACAAGUUCAUGAGGGAGUCUCCAUCAGGCCUGAUCAUGCUCUUUGAGCUGAAGUCCAUGCUCGGGCUUCAUGGGUUGCCUGAGGAUGCUAACAGUCAUGUGGACCAGGUCUUCUACACCUUUGACAUGGAUGGGGAUGGAUACAUAGACUUUGUGGAAUACAUCGCUGCAAUCAGUCUGAUGCUUAAAGGUGAAAUCAACCAGAAAUUAAAGUGGUACUUUAAACUGUUUGACCAGGACGGCAAUGGAAAAAUUGACAAACAAGAACUGGAGACAAUAUUCACGGCCAUACAGGAGAUCACGCAAAAUCACAGCAUUGUACCGGAAGAGAUAGUAGCACUUAUAUUCGAAAAAAUUGAUGUCAAUGGAGAAGGUGAAUUAACACUUGAAGAAUUCAUUGAAGGAGCCAGAGGGCACCCAGACAUAAUGGAGAUGCUGAAGACAAUUAUGGACCUGACUCCAGUCCUAGAGAUUAUUGUUGAAGGGCGACAGAAACAAGACAACUGCAAACAAGUUACCAUAGGCUACGUGUCAGCUCAAACCAGUCCGGCCAUUCUCCUCUGACUCUUUACAACCGUGGUGAGCAGAAAAGCUUCUCAGAACGGACAACACACCAAACCUUGAGAUGGAUGGGCUACAACAAUAGAACACCAUAUCAGGAUCCACUCCUGUUAGCCAAGAACAUGAAUCUGAGGCUACAGUAGGCACAGCCACAAUGUUUUUCCAAUCAUCAACUGAAACUUGUCAUUUUCAAAUCUUCAACUGCCCAGUUUCUGGAAACUUGUGCCUACUGUAAUUGUAAUUGCAGCGUAGUAUACAAAGUUUCCAGGAAGCACUGUGCUGCAAUGUUUAGUACCUCUAUAUACUGAAGUACACAGCACUGACAUACAGCACAUAGUCCUCCCAAAGUAUUGGAAAAGCAAGGUCAAUUUAUUUGUUUUUGCUAUACACUGAAGAUAUCUGGGGGAAUCCGUAAAAAGUUGUAAAUCAUUUGUUGUGUUGGCAGUGUGUGUUAGGUCAUUGUCUUAGAUUGGAUGCAUUUCUCUGUAUAUUGGCAAACAAAAUGUAUCUGUAGACUUCUGAAUUCAUUCUGCUACUACCAUCAUGAGUUAGAUCAUCGAUAAAGAUGAAUCAGUUCCAGAAGAAACCAUGCAAGCCUGAUGAGCUUGUAUGUCUUGGAUCAUGAGUACAUCCUUUCUUUCUCCACACUUUGGCCUUUUUAUCACUUUGCUAGAGGUUAAUCUUGGUUCCAGAACUUUUGCGGCUCAUCUCUGUAUUUUUUUUUGCCAAUUCCAGUCUGGCCUUCUGAUUCUUACUGCUGAUGAGUGGUUUGCAUCUUGUGGUUGGACCUCUAUAUUUUUAUUAUCAAAGUCGUCUUUGAACGGUGGAUUGUGAUACCUUCACCCCUGCUGGUGAAGUUGUUGGUGAUGUCCCUGACUGUUGUUUUUGGGUUUUUUUCACAGCUCUCACAAUAAUUCUGCUGGUGUUUUCCUUGUCUGACCUGCUCAGUGUCUUUUU